AUGGCUACCGAGCAGACCUACAUCAUGAUCAAGCCCGACGGCGUCCAGCGCGGCCUCGUCGGCCAGAUCAUCCAGCGCUUCGAGCAGAAGGGCUUCUUCCUCCGCGGCAUGAAGAUGAUGCAGGUGGAGAAGUCGCACGCCGAGAAGCACUACGCCGAUCUCUCCUCCAAGCCCUUCUUCGGCGACCUCGUCGACUACAUGUGCUCCGGCCCCGUCGUGUGCAUGGUCUGGGAGGGCAAGGAGGUCGUCAAGACCGGCCGCAAGAUCAUCGGCGCCACCAACCCUCUCGCCUCCGAGCCCGGCACCAUCCGAGGCGAUUUCUGCAUCGAGCUCGGCCGCAACGUCAUCCACGGCUCCGACGCCGUCGAGUCCGCGCAGCACGAGAUCGGCCUCUGGUUCCCCGAGGGCGUCACCAACUACGAGCACACCGCCAAGGCCUGGAUCUACGAGUAA